GCAUUGGAGCGCCCCCUAUUGAUAUCUGUAAUAAGUGCAGGGUCAAUGUCCGAGUCAGACAUACUGUUAUGCCCUGGUGGAACAGGUUACCAGGAAUAAGUAUAUGGAACAUCACCCCGUCUUGUACAACUAUAAAUCAUUGGGCACCCAACACAAACCCAACAUGGCAGUUUGUUGAAGGAGACUCCUACCCAAGCCACAGCGGACUUAGUAUAACUAUAAGCAACCUAAAUAUUCUGCUCUAAUCUACUCUAUUCAAGACACCAUGGGAGUCAAGGGACUGCAAACGUAUGUAGAGAAGAACUGUCCCCAUGCCUGUGAAAAGGUCGAUCUUAGAAGACUUGCACAGGACUACCGAGAAAAUCACGGGAAAACGCCUGUGCUUGUUGUGGAUGGCCUGAGCUGUGUACGGGACCACUUCUACCAUGGUGGUCUCCCCUGGGUGUACGGUGGACAGUGGCAGGAGUUCCUAACCUCGCUGCAAAACUUUGUACAGGACUUCCAAUCAGCUGGGAUCGAAGUUGUGUUCAUCUUCGACGGCGUUGUUGAGAAAUCGAAGCGACCUGUGUGGAUCUCCCGAAGGAAAAGUGAGCUUAAGACAGUGAAGAAAAUCUUCCAGCACAUCAGAACAACCAAGAGGGAGCCAAAUCGGAGACUUCUUUGCCUUCCACCAGGUACGGGGAUGUUUGCUGGGCUCGGACUCAAGAGUCUUGGUAUCCGUGUCUACCACUCUUUGGUCGAGGCUGAUCGAGAGAUUGCAGAGUUCGCUGUCUCCGAAGACUGUUUCGGAAUCCUGAGCCAAGACAGCGACUUUCUGAUCUACGACAUGGGUGCUGCGUCUUAUUUCUCUGCUCAAAGUCUCAAGAGGCGGAAAGGUGGCUUUACAACUGUGAGGUACCGUGCUGAUGAGCUCUGCGAUCACCUUGGCCUCGAGCGUUCCGACCUCCCUCUUCUCUCAUGCUUGCUUGGCAAUGACGUCAUUCCACACACCAAGCUGGAAAACUUUCAUUCUAGAGCAGCACGAGGUUCACAGCUCAUUCCAGCUCUCGCCAAAUUUAUAAAUGACCUGCCUCCGGACAUCACAGUUCCCGACAUUGCUCGUAGAGUUUUCUCUUCUCCAGGUAAUAUACAGCAGUUCGUACAGGGUAUGCUGUCCUACGUUUUGCCUGGCCAAACUACAAAAUGGCCCAUGCCUGUGUCAAUGUUGACUAAUGUAGUGCCAUCACUUCAAGAAGCACCAUCAAAUGAAGAAAAAGGCAAGACUACCAAGGGACACAGUCCUGUCAGACAUGUGAAACCUGAUAUCGAUGCCGAAAUUCUUCGAGAAGCCAAACGAAGACACCAGAAUACAGAGAACAUUAAAGCAAUCUAUGAGAUCCUGACAGUGGCAGAGGGAGACAGUGGAGUUUACCUGGAGGAGGAAGACAGUGGCAUCCCUCCCGCCUCCAUAUUCUACAAGUCCAUUAGGGAGAAGCUACACGGGGUCCUGUACGGGGUGGGGGUGCGACCGUUAGAUGGAACAGCCCCAGGAGUUGACCAGUGCAGCAGGCAACUGUCGAGGCUUACGAUUGGUGAAGAAGAGAUUGUUGUUGGACGUAACGCUGCCAAGGAUUGGUCGGCCCACCCUGGCGCUACGCUGAAAGAACCCGACAUCAUCCUGGCUAAACCUCUGGAUAUGCCAGGGGGCACUCCUACACUGGAGGAGCUGUGGUUUGGCCCGGGUGUGAGGAAUGUCGCUCUGCGAUGGAGGGCCUUCAUGUCCGGCAUGUCCUGCUCUAUACCAACAGACAGACAAAAGACCAUCCCUAGGAACCUCAAGGUCCUUGUAGUUGUCCUACACUACAUGGUGAGACAGAGUGUGCUGGAGGACUGGGAGGUGGAUGCCUUCCUUAUACAGGCUCUACUCUGCAACGACUGGUACAAAAUCAGGAGAAGGAAUGUUCCGGUGUACCCGCGAGCGGUGCAGCUGGCAGCCUUAUUCGUGAAGGGCCUUGCUGUUGCCAUAGCGAUGAACUGCGCGUGUGGCUGGCCCCUCCCCACGGAGUCGUGCCUCCCAUGGUGGUUCUUUGACGGGAAGUUUUUCCUCCAUGUCUACCUCCAGGCCAGGAGUGGGACCGGCGCCUGGGAUCUGUGUGGAAGAAGUGAGUCUAGAUGGCAGCUGUUCCAGCUACUGAAGGGAUGUGUGUCAUGUGGGCAGCCGAGGGAGAUCAGGAUACAAUCUGGUGAAACAAACGAUAGCUUCCAGUCACAAGGUUCAACAACUUUUCAUCAAUCAGGUAACAAAGCACAAAAUCGGGCUAGUACACCACAGGAACAGUCCACUAGGCCUGUGUCUGUGGAAUCAUUUGAGUCUGGGAGGCAGUCUGGCAAAACACAUCAUCACAGCCAAUCACAAACUCCAACAGGUUAUCAACAAUCAGGUAACAGAACACAAAAGUGGGCUAAUAGACCACAGGAAGAGUCCACUAGGCCAGUGUCUGUGGGAACAUUUGACUGUGUGUCUAGUUAUGGAGGAUCAUUUGAGUUUUGGAGGCAAUCUGGCAAAAUGCAUCAACGCAGCCAGCCACAAACUCCAAUAACUUUUCAACAUCCUGGUAAUAGAAGUUCACAGAAACAGGCUACCAGGCCUGUGUCUAAGGGAACAUUUGACUGUGUGUCUAGUUAUGGAGGAUCAGGUGAGCCUGGAAAGCAAUCUGAAGGAACAAACCAUUGUAGCCAAUCAGCAGGCUUUCAACAGUCAGGUAACAGAACAAAGCAGUAUCUUUCUAAAUCUAAGGAAACAUUUGAUGGGGAUGCCAAACCAAAGGACUUGUCAUCAGAGCAAGGCAUGAAGAAGAAGAAGCAUAACAGAAGAAGGAAGAAAGGGAAUGAAGCCAUUGCCAAACCAUCUUUAGAAACAGUCUAGUAGUGAAAACUGCCCAAGACUGCCCAACCUGGAAGGGCUCAUAAAAUCUGGUCUAUCAUUUGACAGUCACUCAUACCGACAGGAUUCUUAGUGCCUGUGUCAAUGGAAAAAUUAUCUAAGAGACCAUCAAAAAGUGGUCACAAUGGCCAUGUACACCAGUACAGGUUUGACUCGGUAUAUCAAUGGCCAGGUGAUGCUUAUGUAGAGGUGGUCACUGGUACAGGUUUGAAUGUACACACAGUUACAAAGACCAUGGAACCAACACAGUAUUUUGAACCACACUUUAUUGUGUCGUACAGUAUAUGCAACGCACAUGCAGCAUAUAUACAUUCACUGAGUGUAUGGCUAAAAGACUAUAAAAUGGCAUUAAUUCUGUUGUUUGCAGAAUGGUAAUAAUGCAAUAUAAAUCUGCAAUAUCGAUACAUGAAUUGUUUCUUGUGCAAAAUGCCAUGAUUGUUCGGUUCGGUUCUGAGUGCAAUAUAACAACUCGACUACAGUAAGAUGUGUUAGCUUGAUUGGCACUUGCCAUCUUGAUGAUAAAAUUGUGGAUUUUUAUGUACAUUUAAGAAUGUCUAAAGGCACCUGACUUCCACCUAAAUCAUAGCAGCCUAUACAGUUUCACAUAAACUCAAGUAUCAUUUUCUUCCAAGGAAAGUACUGACAUUGUAGAUUCCCAAGAAACAUACUGAGUCUGGUAUUACAAUUUGCUUGAUUUCCAUUUUCCACCACCAAAAUAUUCUGACGAGUUUUACAUAGUUUUUGGAUCAAUUUUGACAUUGAAAUACGAACUACAUGACUUUUGUAUCUUUCAGUAAGAUAACAAAAAGUUGAGAAGAUUACAAAACAGUUCACAGCUG